GAUCCCCUUUAUAAGCAUCAAGAGCCGCGUGGGAGCCGUUAAAACGACCGGAGAGGCGGAGGAAGGAGCGGGGUUAGCGGACAGCAUGAAGGGAACCGCUAGCAGCGGACCGGGGACACCGAGUUAGAGACCCCGCUGAAGACUCUCGGGAUGAGCGCGAAGGUUCUGCUGGAGGGAGUUUCUGCGUCUCUGAGCGGCGUGGUAGACGCGGCGGAGGGGGGGCUGACCGUUUUUAAGGAAGAGCCGGUGGGAGAGGAGGAUGGAGGCGGUGAGCUGCUGUUCCAGGGGAGGAGCACACCUGAGCUGCAGAUCCACGGAGAUCUGGCGCAGUACGCGGCCACUUUACGCACGUUCACCGGGCGGUUCUCCGUGGACUCCAGGGGGGCAGGAGCGCCGUGGGCACCGGGAGACCCCAUCAACGUGGUCAGCGCUGACAUCACCGCAGCCGCCCCGGAGUCCGAGUCCGCGCCGGAUAUUUACGCACCUGGAGGAGGAGGAGGCGGCAUGGCGCACGGCCCGCCGGACAUCAGCCACAUGUACGCGCACCCCCACCCCGCCCCGUCCUACUCCUGCAGCGGGGAGAUGUACCAGGACCAGUCCGCCUCGGGCUACCUGGCGCCGCCCACCUGCUCCGGGUCCUACCACCCCCCGCAGCCCUACAGCUCCGCGCCCAAACCCGGCGCGGACGGCCCCGCGCUGCUCUCCAUCAUGCCCGAGUACGGCGGCUUCUACCAGCAGAGCUGCCAGCGGGACCUCCAGUCGGGCUUCCCGGACCGGAAGUCCCUGCCGUACCCGCUGGACCCGCUCAGGGUGCCGCCGCCGCUCACGCCGCUCAACACCAUCAGGAACUUUACGCUGGCCGCUCCACCCGCGGCAGUGGAGGGCCCGAUGUCCGCGGCGUUCCCCACCCACCAGAACCUCCCGCUCAGGCCCAUCCUCAGACCCCGGAAGUACCCGAACCGGCCGAGCAAGACGCCGGUCCACCAGCGGCCGUACCCGUGCCCCGCGGAGAGCUGCGACCGGCGCUUCUCCCGGUCCGACGAGCUGAGCCGACACCUGCGCAUCCACACCGGCCACAAGCCCUUCCAGUGCCGCAUCUGCAUGCGCAACUUCAGCCGCAGCGACCACCUCACCACGCACAUUCGCACGCACACCGGGGAGAAACCGUUCUCCUGCGAGCAGUGCGGGAGGAAGUUUGCGCGCAGCGAUGAGCGGAGGAGGCACAUGAAGAUCCACCUGCGACAGAAGGAGAAAAGGUCCUCCACCUCCUAAAAUCUACAUCAUUUCACAGAAAAUGUCGUUAUUAGCAAAAACCAUCUCGUUAUUUAUGAACUUAAUCUGCAAAAAUGAGCAGAAACCUCCACCAAGUUUAGUUUAGAUGACAGAAUAGAUUGUGCAGCUAGAAGAGUCUCCGGUUCUGGUCCAGGACCUUCCUGUCUGUGUUCUGAUGCUCUCAGGGAUCCAAACAGCCCAGAUUAGACAUGAACUCAGCAACACGUCAUCAAAGGCCCAAAUCCCAACUUGUUCAUGCAGUAGAAACAAUUCCUCCACGUAGCUCAGGUGGUUCAGCCUCUGGAAGACAUGUUGAAUGUUCCAGUUUGUUUGCUCAGGAAGUUAACUGGAAGGACGAUCUGCAACUUUCACUGGAUUUAAGGUUUUUACCUGAUGAAUGUAGGAGGAGAAGUCAGAGUCCAGGCCGAAAAGCUUCUUAUGCAAGACGUGACGAGCACUAAAGCAGCUUCUUGUUGAUGCAAAUAAAUGUUGGUUUUGUUCAGGAGGUUCUGGUGAUUUGUUGUUUCUAGACAAUCUGAACCAAAACUGAUUUGGUUCUGGCUGCAUUGGGGAAAACCAGAGACACAACUAGACAUGGUACGUCACUCAGCAUGGUGUCUUCAGGGUUCGUACAUCUUACAUCAGAGGUGGUCAGUUCUGGUCCUGGAGGGCCGGAGUUCUGUAACUCCUGUCUCUGGUCCAAUAACUGAAUCUCCUCCUCAGUGCAGUCAGGUUCUCUAGAGUCCUGAUAAUCACCUCAUUAUUGGACUCGGGUGUGUUGAAGUGGAGAAACAUCUAAAAGUUGCAGGAGACCUCCAGGCCUGGAGGUCCUGGAGGUCCUGGAGUUCCCACCCCUGUUACAGGGAACUAGUAAAGAGUAGCAGGUGGGUUUACAUACAGACUAGUAAUUUCUCAGAGAUCUUUGUGGGACUGAAAGUGUAUGUUUACCCCUGUAGAGGGACCAAACAGAGAACUUCUGGAGUACUGACAGCACAUGUUCAGACAGGGUACUGAACUGCGGUAGCUACUCAGCAGGUACAGGAAACACAUCAGCAGUAAAAUGCUGGGAAUCGUCAGAAUUUCAUGGGUAGGAGAAUCUGAAUAAUCUCAGCAUCAGGUGGCAGAUCCUGCUGCAGAACAUGAAGAAAAGGAAAAUGUUCAUGGUGAACCUGAUAUGUUUCAUCUCUUUAUCCAGUGUGUGUGUGUGUGUGUGUGUGUGCGCGCGCGCGCCCCUGUUUUGAUGCUGCUCUGGGCAAAUGCCCAAAUGGUUCCAGUCAAAAAUGUGGGGUUCAAUCGGUCAAGUACCUUCUGGUUGGGUGUGUACUGGGAACUUAAAGGUAUUUAUUUACACAGUACAUCCAUUGUGCUACUUUUUCUAAUAUGUUCAGGUACCAUGAUGGAUAAAUAUAAACAAAUAUUUACUUA